UUUAUGCCAAAUAAUGUGUAUUUCAAUUCAAACAAUUUAUUCUAUUAUAAUAAAUUAAUGCGUUUAUCAUGAAGGGACAUGUAUAUCAUUGCUGACAUAAAAUUGAGCCUCAAAUAACUUUGGUGGAUUGCCUCAGAAAAAAAAAUUUUGAUGGGUCAAUUUCAGAAUAACACAAAACUCAGGGGGCGAAUGUUGAAAAAAAAACCAUUGACAAAAAACCGUCGUGGGCUCCUCCAUGCUCCAACAAAGCUUUAGAAGCGAAGAAAGACAAACUAUUUUCAGGAUAAGAGAAAAAAAGAUGGCGAUUCAACUGAACCACUUCCGGGCAUCGACGCUGAAGCAAGAGAAGCAACCGCAGCCACCUUUCUUCACUUCCUCAAAAACCCGAACGUUUAGGGUGGCUGCAGCGUCAAGCAACGCCCUGCAGCUAAUACAGUCGGGGGAGGUGAAGCCUAUACCGCCGAAGGACGCAGCUACGGCCAUGAAUUCCGAGGGGUUCAGGUUACUUGACAUCAGACCGGAGUGGGAGCGAGAAAAAGCGUACGUCAAAGGGUCAGUUCACGUGCCCCUCUUCGUCAAGGACAUGGACAAUAGUCCCAUUACUCUUUUGAAGAAGUGGGUUCAUUUUGGCUACAUUGGCCUGUGGACUGGCCAAAACUUUACCAUGAUUAAUCCUAAUUUCAUCCGGGAGGUAGAAGCUGCUGUUCCUGACAAGGAUGCUAAGCUGCUUGUAGCUUGUGGCGAAGGGCUUAGGUCCAUGAUGGCAACUUCAAAGUUAUACGAGGGAGGAUACAAGAACUUGGGGUGGUUGGCCGGAGGAUUCAAUCGUGCUGCAGAUGGUGAUUUCCCAGAAGUGGAAGGGCCUGAAAAGUUGCAGUAUGCUACGAUUGGGGGUGCUUCGUACUACUUUUUUCAGUUGCUCCUUCUCUUGCAAGCGGUGGGCAAAGAGUAAUUUGAGGAGCUCAAGUUUUUACUAAUUGUGAAGUGGUUUCAAGUCUUGCUAGUCAGCAAGUUUCUGUUGGUUGUAAUUCGCUCAAAGUUAGCUUCAGAGCUCUGAGAUCUUUUUAUUGAAUCCAUAUGCCUCUUCUUGG